AUGCUGGAUGAAAGAAGGUGUGGGAUGCGAGGGAAUGUUAAUAGCAAUGUACUUAAUAAUGUUAAAUUAAGACUCACCCAAACAGUAUUAAAUUUACUGCGUUGUGAACAAACGAACGAGAGGUUCUCUCCUACAGGCGUAGCAUAUCGUAACAAUAAUGGAAUGAGUUGUAGAGAAAAUAUUUUUCCGUCCGAUGGUAUUGAGAAGCACGAAAAUGUAAAUACAUGA